UCCCACGCGCAUUUCCUAGAGCUUUGUCUUGAAACGCUGGCGGGGUCUGAGCGGGGACCAGGCUAGUCCAACACGAGAGGUCUCCAAGAAGACGCGCCGAGUGGCUGCUACAGCCUGGGAGCUCCGGCCCCGCUGCGGAGUCAAGUGGUGGCGGUGGCGGGACAGUUUGUUUUGAGCACCGAAGGGGCAACACCCGGAAGUGGCUCCGUACCGGAGCUGCGCCGCCGCCGGGGGCGGGUGCCGGGUACCGGGAGGUGGAGGGGACGCCACAGUACCCCUUCAGCUUCUGACUUUGACUCCUCUGCACCUUAAAAGAUGCUGGAGUCCUAUGUGACUCCAAUUUUAAUGAGCUAUGUGAAUCGCUACAUCAAGAAUUUAAAGCCGUCAGAUCUACAGCUUUCACUAUGGGGUGGAGACGUGGUUCUCAGCAAGCUCGAGUUAAAGUUGGAUGUGCUGGAACAGGAAUUGAAAUUACCAUUCACUUUUUUAAGUGGACAUAUUCAUGAGUUGAGGAUCCAUGUACCAUGGACAAAGCUUGGUUCAGAACCAGUGGUAAUUACCAUCAAUACAAUGGAAUGCAUUUUGAAACUUAAAGAUGGAAUACAGGAUGACCAUGAAAGCUGUGGUUCUAAUUCUACCAACCGUAGUACUACUGAGAACACAAAAUCAUCACUAAAACCCCGAAGAAUUCAGCAGGCUGCUCCCACAGAUCCUGAUUUACCACCAGGUUAUGUGCAGAGUCUGAUUAGACGAGUUGUAAAUAAUGUAAAUAUUGUUAUAAAUAAUCUCAUACUAAAAUAUGUUGAAGAUGAUAUUGUUCUUUCAGUCAAUAUCACUUCUGCAGAAUGCUAUACAGUAGGUGAAUUAUGGGAUCGUGCAUUCAUGGAUAUUUCUGCAACUGAUCUGGUGCUGAGAAAGGUUAUCAAUUUUUCUGACUGUACGGUUUGUCUGGAUAAACGAAAUGCUAGUGGUAAAAUUGAAUUUUACCAGGAUCCCUUAUUGUACAAAUGUUCCUUCAGAACUCGUCUGCAUUUCACAUAUGAUAACCUAAAUUCCAAGAUGCCAUCUGUUAUUAAAAUUCAUACUUUAGUAGAGAGUUUGAAACUUUCCAUCACAGAUCAACAACUGCCUAUGUUUAUCCGUAUAAUGCAACUUGGAAUUGCUCUUUACUACGGGGAAAUAGGCAAUUUUAAAGAUGGAGAAACAGAAGAUCCUACCUGUCACAGUAAAGAUAUGUUAGGAAACAUUACAGGUGUUGAAGAUGAAACAAGAAUAGAUAUGCAGUAUCCUGCUCAGUACAAAGGCCAAGAGCUGUAUUCACAGCAAGAGGAUGAGCAGCCACAGGGAUGGGUAUCUUGGGCCUGGUCAUUUGUGCCUGCAAUUGUGAGUUAUGAUGAUAAUGAGGAAGACUUCCUUGGGAAUGAUCCUACAUCAGCCAUGCAUCAGCAAAAAGCACAGACUUUGAAGGAUCCUAUUGUGUCUAUAGGAUUUUAUUGCACAAAGGCAACUGUAACUUUCAAACUCACUGAAAUGCAAGCUGAGAGUAGUUAUUAUAGCCCUCAGAAAGUUAAAUCUAAAGAAGUAUUGUGUUGGGAACAAGAAGGAACUACAGUUGAGGCCCUUAUGAUGGGAGAGCCUUUUUUUGAUUGCCAGAUUGGUUUUGUUGGUUGCAGAGCCAUGUGCCUUAAAGGAAUUAUGGGUGUUAAAGAUUUUGAAGAGAAUAUGAAUAGAAGUGAAACUGAAGCCUGUUUCUUCAUUUGUGGUGAAAAUUUGAGUAUGAAAGGUUUGACAUACCUCACAAACUCAUUGUUUGAUUACCGAAGUCCAGAAAAUAAUGGUACUCGUGCAGAAUUCAUCUUGGAUGCAGCCCAUCAUAAGGAGACAUACACUGAGAUAGCUGGAAUGCAAAGGUUUGGGGCUUUUUACAUGGAUUACCUGUAUACAAUGGAGAACAUCAGUGGCAAAGGUUCUGCAAAUCAACAAGACUUUUCUUCAGGGAAAAGUGAAGAUAUGGGAGUAGUUCAGGAGAAGUCUACCAAAAGCCUUGUUAUAGGUCCUUUAGACUUUCGUUUGGAUAGCAGUGCAGUGCAUCGAAUUUUGAAAAUGAUUGUUUGUGCAUUGGAACAUGAAUAUGAACCGUACAGUGGACUAAAACCAGAUAUUAAGGAUGAAAAUGAAACCACACUGAAUCCUGAAGAAGUGGCAUCUUUGGAGGAAUAUAUUCCUACCCGACAUACAAGUAUUACUCUCCUCAAAUGUACCUGUACUAUUUUCAUGGCUGAAUUCAACUUGUUGGAUCAUUUGUUGCCUGUCAUUAUGGGAGAAAAGAACUCAAGUAACGUCAUGAAUACUACAAACUUCCAGUCUCUUCGGCCUUUGCCAUCCAUUCAGAUACUGGUGGAUAAAAUUAAUCUGGAACAUUCUGUGCCAAUGUAUGCUGAACAGUUGGUGCAUGUGGUCAGCAAUCUUACUCAGCCAUCUGAUAAUUUGCUUCAUUAUUGCUAUGCACACUGCUACCUUAAGAUAUUUGGUUUCCAGGCAGGACUGACAUCUUUGGAUUGUAGGGGAUCUUACUGCUUACCUGUACCGAUUAUUCCCUCUUUCAGCACUGCUCUUUAUGUUAAACUUCUGAAACUACCCACAUGCUGGACCAAAAGAUCUCAGAUUGCUAUAACUGAAGGUAUAUUUGAACUUCCAAAUCUCACAAUUCAAGCUACAAGAGCACAGACACUUCUGCUGCAAGCAAUAUAUCAAAGUUGGUCUCAUAUUGGAAAUGUCAACUCUUUAUCAGUGAAUGAAGCUUUGAUGAAUGAAGUUUUCCAAACUAUAGGUGUGAAAUCUAAGAAUCCCCUGCCAACUCUUGAGGGCUCAAUCCAGAAUGUUGAAUUGAAGUACUGCAGCACAUCAUUGGUCAAAUGUGCCUCUGGGACCAUGGGAUCAAUAAAAAUUUGUGCCAAAGCCCCAGGUGACAGUGGAAAAGAGAAGUUGAUUCCAUUGCUUCAGGGUCCUUCUGACACUAAAGACCUUCAUAGUAGCAAAUGGCUCAAUGAGAGUAGAAAGCCAGAAUCUCUCUUAGCUCCAGAUUUGAUAGCCUUCACAGUCCAAGUUCCACAGUGUAUGGACUACUGCCAUAAUUCUGGCCCUGUUAUUGGAACUAAAUGAAGAGAUGCAGGUGUUCUCCAGUCCAAGCCCUUUGGGAGUUUUGAUGGUAGAUGCUUGAAAAGAAAAUGCAUGUGUUUCCAGAGUCAAACAGCAGCUGUGAGACAAGGAUUUAUGUUUUUCUCAGAACUUUGGGAUUUCAAAAUGUUACAUUUAAUCACAAGCACAGAAAGGGGAGCAAAUGUUAAAGAUGUUACGCAUAAAAGUAAGUUUACUGAUCUCUUUACCAUACGAACUAGUUGUGGGAAUAUAGGAGCAAAGUGAUUUUUAAUCGUACUAUAAACAAUUUGUAAAGGAUUAUGAUAGUUACCAGGACACAGCCUUUUGAGAAUGUUGCAUUUGUGUCGUAGAGAAUUUUUUUAUCCUACUAAUUACUGAAGUUUUUUUUUCCCAUUUAGACGUACAUGUACACACACACAAUGAAAGAUUUGCUAAAGUAUUUGCCAAAUGCGUUUUGACCAUAAUUAUUUUUCGAAAAGUUUAAGUGAUAUCUUGUAAUAGCACAACACAAUGUUUUCAGGUAGAAGAAAUGUAAAUUUCUGUCUCAGCUAGUAAUCAAGGGAAUUUCCAAAUAUAUUUAAAACAUAUAUAUAUAUAUAUAUUAGAGCUGAUACAUAUUUCAUGGUAUUACUGUGUCUAGAAAGUACCCUGUUUUAAUCAUGUUUUCCUUCAAAACUUAAGGUUUUUUUCUCUUGGGUCUUCUUUCCCACCUUGUUGUCUACAUCCAACUGAUGACUAUUCAUUUAAAAAUUUUCUUUGCUGUAAGCCUGUGUGUGUGCAGUUCUGAAGCUGGGAGUGAAUCCUUUAUUGUGCCUCAGAAUCUAACCUUCUCCCUGAUUGAAAUAUUUCCUGGAUGCCAUGAUGCUAGGAGACAGGAACAGCCUCAAUAGCAGCAGGAAAUUACUUUGUUUCUUUGAAAGGUCCCAGAUUCUGGAGGCAAGCCAAUGGGAGAUACCUCUUAAGACUGUUAGUGACCAGUUGUUUCCUUCAUUUACAGCACAAGGUCAAAAUUUUGCAUUUUUUACUGCCUCUAUAGUAAAAAAAAGUGGCAAAGUAAAGAAGUAGUAGCUUCAUAGUAAAUUGCUAUACAAGAGGUGUUUCAGAUUGAAUGGACUUCAAGCAAAUAUCACCAUUAAAUGUGUAAUGUUUUGGGGGUGCCUGGGUGGUUCAGUUCGUUAAGCAUCUGACUUAGCUCAGGUCAUGACUCGCAGCUUGUGAGUUCGAGCCUCACGUCAUGCUCUGUGCUGACAGCUCAGAUCCUGGAGCCUGCUUCAGAUUCUGUGUCUCCCUCUCUCUCUGCCCCUCCUCUAUGUGCGCGCUCGCUCUCUCUUUCUCAAAAUUAAAUAAACAUUAAAAAAGUUAAAAUGUGUAACGUUUUGUUUAUAUAUAUGUUUUAAAGUUCAUUUAUUUUGAGAGAGUGAACGAGUGCGAGCAGGGGAAGGGCAGAGAGAGAGAGGGAGAGAAUCCCAAGUAGGCUUCCAGUUCAGCCCUGAGCCUGCACUCAAUCCCACAAACUAUGAGAUCAUGACCUGAGCUGAAAUCAAGAGUCAGAUGCUCAGCCUACUGAGCCACCCAGGCACCGCCCCUGUUUUGUAUAUUUUUAUAUGAAUCAAAAAGAUAACAUUAUCAUUUUAGUUUAUAUUUUAGAAUAUGAUAUGUUUUCAAAGUGAAUUUUUGUUUUUGCAUUUCCUAUCCAGAUUUAAAGUUGGCUGUAUGGUUGUUGCCAUGUUGGCCAAAAAAGAAUAGAAGCCUUAGUAAACCAGUAGGAAUUGACUUAUGAAACACUUAGAAGUGAAAUUCACACCAGUGUUUACUACCUGACUCUUCCCUGUUUGUCUCACCCCUUCUAGAACAAGAUUGAUUCUACAGAUGGCUUUUGCAUUUCUUCUAGUCAAUACAGUAUACACAGGAAUCAUCCUUAUGCCAUUGCUUUGUUUUGUGAAUAAAUGAUGAAAGUCAGCUAUCCAUUAAUGUACGAGAGUUUAAGCACUUUUUUGGGAGACUUUUUUUUUUUCACCUUCCUCUGACAUUAGCCUUUAUUCUUCGCCUUUACUUUCUCUCUUCCCAAUCAAGAACUCCCUUCUAAGUAGCACUUGGACCAUACAUAUCACAUGACAAACAGACCUAACUAUUUAUAGGAUUCCUUCCUCAUGAGAAACUUGGCACUCCUAAGGGCAGUGAUCAUGACAAGUACAUGAUACGUAUUUGGUACAUACAGGAUAGUUCAAAGGCAAUGAUUUUUUGCCAUUUGGGGAUAGCCUUAUUAUCUACAGGCCCACAUCAUUUUAUUGCUAAAUUGGUCUGUGGAUGGUGGUGGCGGGGGUUGGGGUGGAUAUAGUCCAGCUUCAGCCUGUUAAAGAAUAAUGGGGAAAAGAAAGUACAGUCAUGACCCUUGUAUAGAUAUGAAAUAGACAAAUGUUAAAGAUUACUAGCAUCAUUAUCAAUGAAAGAACCAGGUACAUGUUACAACCAGAUCAAGGAGAAUUAAAAAAAAAAACCCAGACAUUUAUAGAUCAGUAAUGCUGCAAUAAAUUUGGAAAUGGACACAAAACCAGCUUCUUCCAUAGUGGGGAAGGGCGGUCUAUUGAACUUCUACCUGACAGAAUUUAUUUACAUCUAUAGUCAAUAAUUAUUUUGCGUUGUUACCAGUUAUGUACAAGGUACAGAUUUGUAAGAAAGCUCAAAGGCACUGAAAUCUGCAGAGUCUCCAUAGAAUCAGACUCAGAUAACCUGGAGGAGUGUACUCAAAACAAUGCAAAGCUUUUCAUUGAAGCACAAGUUUUUUCCUACAAGCCUUACUAAAUUCCAGAUGGCUAGGCUAUUUUUAGCUGUGGGUGGUUUAAAUAUAGAGGCAGGUCAAAAGUAAUUUUGUGAGGCAGAGAUUCAAUACAUGGAGGGAAAAUUAAAGGGAAAUAAUGCCACCGGCAGAGGGCAGUGAUGAAGUAACAGUUUCCUCAUGUUCAAAAGUAGUGAUUGUUGAAUAAUUGUGGGCUAAUUCUGUAGACUAUACUUGAGUUAACUUUUGAAAUCUUGUCGUAUAAAGGUCUCUUCAGCCAGGUGCUUUGUCAAUACCUACAACUUUCUAGAAAAAAAGGCGUUUCGUUUUUAAGUAAAUAAAAUGUUCUAAACUGAUUUUUAAGUAAAUAAUGUGUUCUAAUUUAUUAAAAAGCUUCUCCGUGGAAAGUAUUCAUACAGAAAAUAUUUGAAUAUGUACUCUGUGUCAGGUACUGCUUUAGGUAUAGGGGUGUGUGUGUGUGUGUGUGUGUGUGUGUGUGUGUGUGUAUAAGAAGGAGGAGUUCCCUAACUUCACAGAGGUAACAUUCUCGAUUUUAACAUUUUAAUUUUAUUUGCUAAUUUGUUAUAUUGCAUUUUGCUUAUGAGAAUUAAGUGUUCUAUGUAGUGUUAUCGAAGCUAGAAGGGGCCUCUUCAAAUGUAAAAAUUAUGUCUUUUGUGAUUUUUUUUCCACUGACCAGAUAGAAUUCUGAAAUAAUGUGAAAGUAUUUGUAAGAGUAUACUACACAAAGUUGUGCAGAGCUCAAUUACAGAUAAAUUACAAAAACAAAAAUAGAAAUUCACCACAGCAAAAUGUCCAAAGGAGACAAGAGUAAGACACAAAUGAUAAACACAUGAAAACCUUGAAACUAAUAACUAAAGAAAUAGAUAUUUAAAAAGGAACACUAUUUAACCUGUGAAAUUGGUAUUUGAUAAAUUGUAAAACUGAAAACUGAAAAAUUGAUGAGAUGAAUACUUUCAUAAAGGUCUGGAAGGACUGUGAAUUGGUACAGAUUCUCUGGAAAUCAAUUUAAAAAAAUUUAUUAAGGAACUUAAGAGUGGUCAUUUCUCAUAAUCCAUUUCCAGACUAUAAGGGACUAAUCCAAGAUCCGUUUAAAGAAUUGUAUUUAAAACUUAAGGGUAUUCAUGUCAGCUUAUUUAUAAUAAUCAUAGGUCAUCUUUGUGGUCCAGUAGUAGGCAAAUUAUAAAAUAGAGUGUAUCCAUAGAAGAACAUUUUUUAAAUCAGCCAAUAGAAAAUACAUAGAAAGUAUUCAUAAUUAAAAGCUUAUAAAAAUAUAAACCUACAUAUGAUAAAUUUAGUUUUAAAUACUCCCCCCGAUACACAUACAUACACACACACUCAUGUAUUAUGUUCAUAGAAAAAUUGCUAAAUUUUGUGACUGUCAAUGCUUGCUGCUUGAUGUGAUUCUGAAUCCUUUCUCAUUCAUAUUUGUAUUCUUCUAUGAUAGUUGAUGUAUUUUUGCAAACAUAAAUAUUUUAAAAUACUUAUUUUCCAAAGCACUUAUUUACAACUGAGUUGUUCAUUAUUAUUGUUUUGCUUAAAGUAUGCAUUCUUGCACAUUAAUUUUUAUAUAUAAACUUUAAUAUUUAAAUAAAGUUUAAAUUUGAAAGCACCUAUGUGCCCUGAAAUCCACAGCAUAUACAGUUCAUUUUUUUCUUUUUUAACCAUUUUUGAGAGUGAGAGAGACAGAACAUGAGCGGGGGAGGGCCAGAGAGAGAGGGAGACACAGAAUCCGAAGCAGGCUCCAGGCUCCCAGCUGUCAGCACAGGGCCCAACGCAGGGCUCGAACUCACGGACUGCGAGAUCAUGACCUGAGCUGAAGUCGGACGCUCAACUGGCUGAGCCACCCAGGCGCCCCUACGGUUUAGUUUUAGGUUUUGUGGGGGCUCCUGGGUGGCUCAGUCGCUUAAACAUCCGACUUCAGCUCAGGUCAUGAUCUCACCCUUGGUAAGUUCGAGUCCUAUGUCAGGCUCUGUGCUGACAGCUCAGAGCCUGGAGCCUGCUUUGAAUUCUGUGUCUCCCUCUCUCUCUGCCCUUUCCCCCGCUCAUUCAUUUUCUCUCUCUCUCUCUCUCUCUCUCUCUCUCUCUCUCCCUUCCUCCCUCUCUCUCUCUCUCUCUCAUAAAUAAAUACAUAAAUUUAAAAAAAGCCUUGAGGGUUUUAGUGUAUAUCUGAAUAAAAUACCAGAUUUCAAGACAGUAUAAUUUGCAUUUCACCUUAAAUAGUUUUAGUCUAGUGACUAAAAUGUUUAAAAUCACUUAAUUUUUCCUAUAAUUUGUUUUCUAUUUAUAAUUAAAAUAUAUUUUUUCUUUAAAUAUAGUUGAAAUUUUAUCAUUACUCAACUCUCUGGGAUAGUACAAUACCAAACCUUCAGUGAGUUUUGAUUUAAGUAUUUACUUGAAAGUUACCUCUUUAAAAUAUUUGAAUGCAUUUUUAUGUAAGAACAAAGAAUUGUCAUGGUUAAAAUCCAAAGCCAACUAAGAUUUUUUUUUUUUAAUGUUUCCUUAUUUAUUUUGAGAGACAUAGAGUACAAACAGUGGCAGGGCAGAGAGUCAGGGAGAGAGAGAAUCCUAAGCAGAGCCUGACAAGGGGCUCUAGCUCACAGACUGUGAGAUCAUGACCUGAGCAGAAAUCAAGAGAUGGACACUUAACUGACUGAACCACCCAGGCACCCCGAAUUUUUUGGUUGUUGUUGUUAAACUCAACAAUGAAGUUGAGAUAUUCUAAACUUUUAAUGAAAACUAGUAGUCAAUACUUUAGAUAGUACUUUAUUGAAAAAAUAAAUCAGUAAACUUAAUACUUAAAAUUAUUCUAUUUAAGGUAAAAGUUGACUUAGGAGAAUGGAAUUGUAAAAAGAUAUUUUUAUUAAAAAUUUUUUUGAAAGUUUAUUUAUUUUGAGAGAGAGCAAGGAGGGGAGGGGCAGAGAAAGAGGGUGAGAGAGAAAAUCCUAAGCAGGCUCUGCACUGUCAGCACGGAACUGCAUGUAGGCCUUGAACUUACAAACCCUGAAUCAUUAGCUGAGCCAAAAUCAAGACUUGGACAUUUAACCGACUGAGCCACCCAAGCACCCAGUAAAAAGGUGCUUUUAGAGACAUUUAAAGAUAUUUACUGACAUUUCUGUGACAUCAGAAGUUGAUAGCAGUAUUGUUUUUUAUUGUUUUUACCCUCAUUUCCAAGUAUAGCUGACCCUUGAAUAAUACAGGGGUUAGGGACACUGAUUCCCCACAUAGCUGAAAAUCCAUGUAUAACUUUUGACUCCCCCAAAACUUAACUACUGAUAAUAGCCUGCUUUUCACUGGAAACCUUACUGAUAACAGAGAGUUGGUUAACAUACACUUUGUGUGUUACAUAUAUUUUUAUAAUAAAGUAGGCUAGAGAAAAGAAAAUGUUACUAAGAUCAAAAGGAGAAGAAAAUUCUUUUAUGGGUUGUAUUUGUCAAAAAAAAUACAUGUAAAUAGAUUUGCAUAGUACAAACCUGUUGUUCAGGGAUUAACUGUAGUUUUCUUGUUCUUUUUUUUCCCACUUAACAUGUUACUUAUGAUUAUUAUUUAUGAUUAGGAUUAAUUCUGGACUCCAGUAGAGAGUAGAACAUUUUCUUGGAGAGUCUGGAUAGGAAGUGACAGGAAAAAGAAAAGUCAGGAAUUUCAGUAUGCUCCUGAUGAGGUUUUGGGGUGAUGGUGGGGUUUGUGGAGUUGGGAGCUGACGGCUAAGAAAGAAUUCUUGAAGAUGUCUUUGAUGCAAAAAGGUGAUUUUAUUAAAGUACAGGUAUGGGAUCUGUGGGCAGGAACAGCUGCUCUGGGGUUGUGAAGGGUAACUGGUUAGAUACCAUGGACUUGGGGGAGAUAAAGUCAAAAGGAAAGUUUCCAAACUUCUUGCUGAAGACUCAAAGAUUACUGAAGGCCUAGCUCUUGUCAAGCUAAGUUGUUGUUUUUCCCUCUGUCAAAACGUUAACAUUAAGUUAUAGGGGGUUCCUAGAGAAAUGUUUAACCCUGCCUUUGCCUCAAGUACUGGUCAGAGGGCUGCAGGCCAUAAGGAAAUUUUUAUUUAUUUAUUUAUUUAUUUAUUUAUUUAUUUAUUUAUUUAUUUAUGAAAUUUAUUGUCAAAUUGGUUUCCAUACAAUUUUACCUGCCAUUUCCUUCUUGCCUUUGUUCCCAACAUCACAUGGAGGGGAGGGUGAUACUGGGGUUCCAGAAAACUGAGUCUGUCUAUUGGUUUCUGGAGAUUAGGCUAUUGAGAAGAUUGCCUUUUUCUUAUAAUUUACAAGAUAUUUGUAAACUGAUGGAGACUUUAUCAGUUUAACCAUUUGUUUUCUGUCCUUUCUUGUGUCCUUGAGCAGCCAGGAAUGCCUGAGGAAUAUCACACCUAUCCCACCUGGGGGGGAGUGGGGUAUACUCCCUUGUGCUUUGCCUUCAGCUUGCCUUUUGCUCCCUCAUCACUCCAAUAUGUGAGCAUGAAAUUUUAUGAGAUAAUAAGUUAUAAUUGAUGAAAGGCAGGCACAGCUUGGUGAAUAAUACUCUUUGGGGGGGGAGGAAAGGUAGUGAUGGGCCUAAAACUGACAGGGUGAUAGGCAGCCACUGAAUGGAGAAGGAAGGAAAAAUAGACAACGUUAAACUAGAGUUUACUGGGUAGGAGGUUUUUUUUCUUAAUUCAGUUUGAUAUUAUUAAAUCAUUAAUUGCCAGUUAACUUUAAAAUAAGAUUUUAAUUACUAAUCCUGUGUAAAUGCAUAUAUUUUAAGGGAGAGGAACUUUGAAGAUCAUUUCUAGUCCAUAGAAAAUAAAGCAAACAUUUUUCAGGUGGUCAGAUAUCCCCAGGGUCAAAUAGGUAGUGAGUGGAAGAGAUCAGACAGACUGUCUUCUUGUCCUAUGUUCUUUUUAUUAUGUAUAUUCAUUUAAAUGGCCCUUUUCAGGUAACUAAGUAGUUAUCUUCACUCAUUCUGCAUGUAUUUACUUUGUACUGGAACCUUAGGAUAUGAGGAUGAAAAAGACUAAUGAACUUAUAGUUCAUUGAGGGAGAUUUAUAGAUAAAGCAUAUAAUUAAAAGAUAGUUUAAACAUUGUUAUAAAACAAAGUAGUGUGAAUUCACAUUGAAGGAAGUCUUUACUUAGACUUGGGAAAAAUUUCCUGGAAUCAGUCAUGUCCAAGAUGAGACGUUAAUUAUGAGCUAGAGGAGAAAUAAUGCUUUAGGUUUCAGGAAAAUGCAACUAAGUUCCCUGGAAUGGCAGCUUAGAAUGGAACAGGAGCAUGAUAAGAGUUAAUGCCCGAUUAGGUUAUGAAAGGCCUUGAAAACCAUUUUAAAGGUUUUGGACUGAAGGCUAAAGGGAGCAAUUGCAACUUUUUAAAGUCAUAUUUAUGCUUUAGAAAUCAACUUAGGGAGCAGGCUGGGUGAGGGUAAAAGCCAGGAGGCAGGGAGAUCAAGUAGGAGAAUGUUGGAAUGAAGAAAAGGAUAAUGUCAAUGAAGAGAGUUACAUUUUUGAGAUUUUAAUGUGUUGGAAUCAGUAGGAGUUGAUAGUUAAUUGAAGAUGAAGGCUAAGGGAAAGGGCACACAGUAGGCAACCCCCCAGUGUUCUACUUUAGAGAGCUGGGUACUCAGUAGGGCACCUUUCACUGAGAUGAGGAAUGAAGGAACAAAAAGCAGGUUUUAUUUAGGGUGAUAGAGGCAAUUGGUAUAAUAUUAAUAUUGUGCUAGUUCUUCCUAUGUGCUAGGUAUUCCAAGCAUUUUAAGUAGAGCCCUAAGCAGUUUGACUCUAAAAAUCAUACUCUUAACCAUUAUAUGAAAGAGCAAAGACUAUGGAGAAAAUCGGACCGACCCUAAAUCAUUGAUUAUUCAGUUUAUGGCUACUAGCUGCAUGCACGACAGUGUUAGAGACUGAUAAAAAAGGUAUUCACUGGGGCACCUGGGUUCCUCAGUUGGUUAAGUAUCUGACUUUGGCUCAGGUCAUGAUCUCUUAGUUUGUGGAUUUGAGCCCCUUGUUGGGCUCUGUGCUGAGAGCUCAGGUCAUGGAGACGGCUUUGGAUUCUGUGUCUCCCUCUCUGCUCCUCCCCCACUUGUGUGCACACUCUCUCUCUUUCAGAAAUAAACAUUAAAAAAAAAGGUAUUCAGUAGAGCUCUAUUAAGUUGUAUACACAUACAGCUAAUUCUAAAAACAAGCUCAACUAAUGCUGCAACUGAUUGGGUGAAAAGUACUAUCUGAAAAUAGAGGAGAGGCAUUAAUUUGAAUCAAGAAUGAAGGAUUUAAUCAUAUUAGCAAAGGGUUCUCAAAGAGGGAUUGAUAUUUAUGUCUGGAAUAAUAGAAGACUGCAUAUGAGUUGAAAAUUGUUUAAGCAUUACAAGUAUUUUAAUUGUCCUAUCUUUUGUUUUAAAUGUUUGGUAAUUAUUAGUUUAAGUCCCUCUUUUUUUAAAAAUUAAAAAACAAUUAUAAUGUUUAUUUAUUUUUGAGAGAAAGAGUGUGUGUGAAUAGAGGAGGGACAGAGAGAGAGUGGGGCACAGAAUCCGAAGCAGGCUCCAGGCUCUUAGCUGUCAGCACAAAGCCCGACGUGGGGCUUGAACUCACAACCUGGGAGAUCAUGACCUGAGCCGAAGUCAGACGCUUAACUGAGUGAGCCGCCCAGGCGCCCCAGUCCCUAUUUUUAUAGAAGUGUAGAAUGUGUAAUUACUGUUAGAAAGUGUUUAGUACAUAUUUAUGGUAAAGCAAUUUUCUUUCUAAAGUAUUUUAGUAUAUUCAGGUAACUAUAAUCAAAACAUUGUAUUUAAAAUGUUUCUAUUUUAUAAUGUGAUUGUAAAAUAAAAAAUAUUUGGUGUACUUGUUAGUACUGCUUUUGUUUUCUGAGACAAAGCUUUAAAAUUAAAAUAAGUAUUGGGACCAUUAGAUUGUAUUUAGUUUUUAUGUGGUUUAGCUUGGAGUUAAUUAUUAAGUACAACUUGAUUUUUAGCCUUAGAAAAACAAAUGCAGACGUUAAUAAACCUUUUUUUUUUUUAUUAUUGGAUUCAUUGUUAACAAAGCAUAGCAUAAGUAAGUCUCAGCCUGUGAAAGGGAUGACUUAACACAACUGUUGAUGCAUUUGGAGUGAAACAUCUUUAUCAAGUUAAUACAAGAAGCAGUCAUGCCCUACUUGAAUUACUCAUUUAUUAUAGCCGAACAGCAGCCUGCAUGUGGACUUUGAAAUCCUGGGAAAAUAAGAUGCCUGCAUACAUCCAAAUGUUGAAAGCCUUUACUCCUUAGCAGCUGGAAAAUGUUGAGCUCUGUUGUCAUCCAUUAGGUUUUUGGCCUUCAGGGAGAUGUGAUCAAUUUAAUUACUGACCAACUUUAUCCAUUACUUUUAAUGACUAUAGCCUCUGAAGUAAGCCUCUGAAGUUUGUAGCUUAAAAGAUCGUAUUUAGAUACUGUGCAUUUAAAAUUUCUAAAAAUUAAACACGUAGACCUAGAUGAUUAUACUUUGCUUAUAUGUUUGUCACAUAUACUCAGAUUCCUAAAAAUACAAACUCAUUUAUAUAUAUUAAUAGUGAUUAGUUUAUUUACUUUAAGUGAAGUCUAAAAGGUGUUUGUGUUUAAGAGUAACAAAAUACGCUCCACAUAUUUGCUGUUCUGGGGUAAAUUUUAUGUAUUAUAUCCUUUGUGUGUAGAAUUUUUACAUUUUUUCCUAAAAUACAGUCUGUGUAUUUGAAUCACAAUUAAUUAUAAACAAAACUGUUAAUAAUUAUUGUGUUUCUUGAUCAUCUCCUUUCCGUUACCAUUUUGAUGUUAAGUCCAAAGAGAAUUAGGAAAUAUCAUGGAGUGAUAGAGCAUCGCUAAGAAAAGAUGAAUGUUAUAUGAAAAAAUGUAUCUGUAACUCUCAGGCUGUUACUCAUAAAUUCCAGGUCUAGCUUGGGAACCCAAUCUUUGUGUAAAUUACUUGAUCUCAUGUUCAGUGUUUCUUAAUUUAUUAAAUGAUUUGAUACCAGGCACUGAAUACCUUUGUGUUGACUAUCCAUUAUAUAAAGACUCCACUUUAAAGAGGUCACUACUUAUGUUACAAACCAAGGGAAUUUGCUUAUUGUUAUUAUUUAUUACAGUGUUGUUUAAACUGAUGAAAGUAAAAUUAUUAUUCUAACAAAGUUGGUGUGUUAUGAUAGUAUCCAACACAUGGAAGUACAACUGAGGAAAGCACCAUGUGGCUGAGUUGAUGGCUCUAAGGCAAUAUUGAAGAUACUAUGUUUGACUAGUUUGUAUUUUUAAGUCGAAUGUUAAAAUAUUUGUCAUGAUGAAAAAGUGUAAGAUAUUGGGCCACCUAGGUGACUCAGCUGGCUGAGCAUCCAAUUCUUGAUUUCAGCUUCAGUCACGAUCCCAGAGCUGUGGAAUCGAGACCCGCACUGUGCUCCGUGUUGAGCACGGAGCCUGCUUGGGGUUCUUGUUCUCUCUGCCCUUCUCCUCCACUCAUGCUUGCUCUCUUGCUCUCUAAAAAAAAAAAAAAAAGUAUAAGAUAUCAUUCUCAUUGACAAACAAUUGAUGUUCCUAAACUUAGAGCCAUUAUGCUGGUGCCAUACUGAGAAGAACAUGGAGCAAUAAUAACUAAGCAGUAGAAAAGAGUUAUGGAGAUAUAUCCGAAAAUAAUACAUUGUUAAUACAUAUGAUAAUUAUUUACUUAUAUAAUAACUUUACAGACUAACAAAAUGCUUCUGAGCAAUAUAACUGGAAAAGAGGUAAUAAGUAUGUUUUGAAAUGUGUUAUUAAAAAAAUUUAAGUAUUAGUUUAUGAUCAGAAGAGAUCUGUUCUGAAUUUGAAGGAAUGAAUCUGAAUGGUCAUAAAUCAUGUCAAAAUCAAA